UUCGUGCACGUAAAUGACAAUCGACUUAAACAUCAUCAAAAACUAAAUGAAAAGUCCAUAUCGCUAACUUUUUCUAUCCUAUAAAACUAUAACAUAUACUUUAUAAAAUUUUCCAUAAUUAUUCCACUCAUGGAGAGAAUUAAGGAAAAUAGUCCUAGUAUUCUAUUAUUUCCAUGGUUAGGUUUUGGCCAUGUAAAUCCCUAUUUGGCACUAGCCAAGAAAUUAUCAAAAAUGAAUUUUCACAUAUAUUUUCUUUCAACACCAAUUAUUCUAAAAUCCAUCAAGGAAACUCUAGAUAAAAACUCAACUAAUUAUAAUCUCUCCAUACAACUUGUUGAAUUUCACUUGCCUUAUUUGCAUGAGUUACCUCCUCAUUACCAUACAACUAAAGACCUCCCUCCCCAUCUUAACUCCACUCUUAUUCAAGCCUUUCAAAUGGCUUCUUCCAAAUUUCCAAGCAUAAUUGAAACCCUAAAACCUAACUUGAUUAUAUAUGAUGGGUUCCAACCAUGGGUAGCAACUAUGGCUUCAUCAUACAAUAUUCAUGCUAUUAUGUUUUAUGUUUCUUCAACUUCUGGUCUUGCCUACAUUUACCACCAAUUUCUUUAUGGGAGUUCAAGCCUUACAUCUUUUCCAUUUUCUUCCAUAUACCUUCAUGACUAUGAGAUCAAGAAAUUAGACAUACAACCAACAAAACCACGCGAUGAGAAAGCUUUUGCAUACAUAAUCCUUAAGUCUUUUGAACAAUCUCACAACAUUGUUUUGUUGAACACUUGUAGGGAGAUUGAAGGAAAGUAUAUAGAUUAUGUUUCUACAAUAGGAAAGAAAGAGUUGAUACCAAUUGGACCAUUAAUUCGCGAGGCGAUGAUAGAUGAGGAGGAGGAUUGGGGGACAAUUCAAUCAUGGCUAGACAAGAAGGAUCAAUUAUCAUGUGUUUAUGUAUCAUUUGGAAGUGAAAGCUUCUUGUCAAAGCAAGAAAUUGAAGAGAUAGCAAAAGGGCUUGAGCUAAGCAAAGUUAAUUUUAUUUGGACAAUCAAAUUUCCUAAAGGGGUGAACACAACAAUUGAAGAAAUGGUUCCACAAGGUUUUCUUGAAAGUACAAAGGGAAAAGGGAUGGUUAUUGAAGGAUGGGCACCACAAAAUCUAAUUUUGAACCAUUCAAGCAUUGGAGGUUUUAUAACUCAUUGUGGAUGGAACUCGAUUUUAGAAAGCAUGAGUUUUGGCAUACCAAUAAUAGCCAUUCCUAUUAAUCAUGAUCAACCAUCGAAUUCAAGAUUAGUGGAGGAACUUGGCAUAGGGGUGGAGAUUUUGAGAGGUGAAAAUGGGAAAAUAAUGAAAGAAGAGGUGGCAAAAGGAAUAAGGAAAGUGAUAGAGGAGAAGCCUAGGAAACAAAUUCAUUUGAAGGCAAUGCAAUUGAGUGAGAAGAUAAAAUUGAAAGGGGAGAAAACUAUUGAUGAAGGGGUUAAAAAGUUGUUGAAGCUAUUAUAUUGAUUUAUAAGAGUAUGAUGAUGAUGAAUUGGAUUGAAUUUGGAUACCAUAAGUAAUUAGAUAUCAAUAAAGAUUGAAAUAAGAGAAUUUAGUAUACAAAUUCUAUUGAAUGUUGUAAUCUAGAGAUAGGUUUUAUUACGAUCAUAUUGUCUUAUUGCAUUGUGUAAAUGAGAGGAUUAUACCUCUUAAUCGAAAUACUGAAAAAUAUAUACAUAGCUUAAAUUAUUUUGGAUGUAAACUAGACAUUUUAAAGCUAAAAUUUACCAAUACAUGAGUUUACUGAGAUGAA